AUGGAAGAUGAGGCAUUCACGCCUGAGCAAAGAAAGGACUUCGCGAACUUCUACUUGAAUGUUUAGAACACUUCGAUGAACAAGAAAUAUUGGAUUUUUUGACACAUUUUAUUGCAUUCAGAGUCAAGUUUUGUCCUCCGCCGCAUUAUCUCCUAGCUUCAGGCCCUUCCGGUCCGUUUUCAGGCUCUGAGCCGGGACCUGGCAUCAUUCCGAGGUCCCCUUAAAAACGCCUUUGCCCACUUCACAAGCUAAUCCCAAGACAAGACCAACUACCACUUCCAGUGGCCAAACCUCAGCAAGUCACUUAACAACAGAGGCCGCCACCCAGUCAGCCAUGGUUAAAGAACGCCGACUUAUUGAAAACGCAGUCUUUGAAGACGACAUUUGAAAAUGCGGCCCUCUCCAAAAUCCCUCGACAGUCCGACAAGCCUGUUUUGAAUCAAGAAGGCAUUAAAGACGAUGCUAAAGCUGAAGUAUUCAAAGAGGCAUCCCAUAUGAAUGCUUCUUCUCCUGCGAAUUCUCGUUUUGUCGGGAUAGGUGAAAAAGAAUCCACAAAGAAACUUGCCCAACGAAUGAAGAGGUUUCUUUCACCCCAGCAAUUUAAGCUCAGCAAGGCAGAUUUGGCUCCUGAGAAAGAAAUUUCCGCGUCCCCUGAAGGCGAAACACAGAGCGACAUGGGGAUUCUCCGGGUACCCAUCAGCGACCAUUCUGUCGGACGCGCUAUACUCGUUUUACCAGCCAAACGACUGGAGAUUAAGUCUUCCUCUCCAGAAUCAAAGCUUAGUUUGUCGAACCUUUUCUCUAAUAAAAAGUCAGUUUUCAACAAGGUAGUUGACCCAGGCGAGUGA